AUGGUGUUCCAGACCAAGUGUGUGAUGGAGGAGGUGGUCGAAGGCACGGAGAUUACGGGGAGCUUCACAGCCUUCAAUCGGCAUCAGCCUAGCGAGUUGGUGCAUGUCGACAUCAGGAUUGACAAUCCUGCUGGCACGCUCUUGCACGAGGAGCACGGUGUGAGUGGAGGACACUUUCAUCUACUAGACACGAAGGAUGGCGACCAUAAAGUCUGCUUCACCGCUUCAGAUUUCCAGACCGCUCAGAACACCCGCAUCAGGGUCGAGUGGAAGUCUGGAGCCUCGGCUCAUGACUGGGAGCAGGUCGCCAAGAAGGACAACCUAAACUUCCUGCAAACCGAGCUCCUCAGUCUCGAGCAAUCUGUGCACGACAUUCACAUCGAACUGCAACGCAUUCGCAGGAAGGAGGAAGAGAUGCGAGACAUCAACGAGGCAACAAAUGCACGUGUGGCGUGGCUGGGCGUGGGCGCCCUCCUGGUGUGCCUAGGUUUGUCUGGGUGGCAGAUGUCAUACCUGCAGCGCUUCUUCAAGCGCAAGAAGCUAUUGUAA